CGGGAGCGGAGCUCCACUGCGCCCAGACCUCCGGCCAUCCCGGAAGUACCUGGCUCCAGCUCUACAACUCAUUAUUUCCAUUUCUUUGGGGUCAUUGCAAAUACAGAACUACCUGCUCCAGACUUCCACUUACAGCCUGGGUAGUCAAGGGUGCCCACCGUGGAGGCCACUUCUGGUGAGAAGCCGUCGAGACCUCCCACUCCACCACCCCCGGGGACCACAGCCCACCUGGCUCUCUCUACUAAACAGACUCCCAAAUAAGCUGAGGGUCUAAGAGGAAAUGGUAUAAAGUUUGCAAAAGAGAACGAGGCCAGCUAUGGAGAUCACGACCUUAGGAAAGGCAGGAGAGCCAGUAAAUGUGGAAGCAGGUGACACUGGGGAGUCCUGGUCCUCACCAAGUCCAUGGAUGUUCUCCAGAACCGGAACACACCAUGGCCAAGAGGGUGGCAGUGAUCGGAGCUGGUGUGAGUGGCCUGUCCUCCAUCAAAUGUUGCUUGGACGAGGGUCUGGAGCCCACUUGCUUUGAGAGAAGUGACGACAUUGGGGGACUAUGGAAGUUUACUGAAUCUCCCGAAGAUGGCAUGACCAGGGUCUACAGGUCAUUAGUGACAAAUGUCUGCAAGGAAAUGUCAUGUUACAGUGACUUCCCUUUCCAAGAAGAUUAUCCCAACUUCAUGAACCAAAGACAAUUUUGGGACUAUCUCCACAAAUUUGCCCAGCACUUUGACCUCCUGAAAUACAUUCACUUUAAGACCACUGUAUGCAGCGUGACGAAGCAUCCAGAAUUCUCUGAAACUGGCCAGUGGGAGGUCAUCACAGAGACCGAGGGCAAGCAGGAAAGGGCUGUCUUUGAUGCUGUCAUGGUUUGCACAGGACAUUUCCUGAGUCCCCGCUUCCCUUUAGAGUCCUUUCCUGGAAUCCACAAGUUUAAAGGCCAGAUCCUGCACAGUCAAGAGUAUAAGAUCCCAGAAGGCUUUCAGGACAAACGUGUCUUAGUGAUUGGUCUUGGGAACACUGGAGGAGACAUUGCUGUGGAGUUGAGUCGAACAGCCGCUCAGGUACUUCUCAGUACUAGAACUGGUGCCUGGGUUAUCAGCCGCUCCUCAUAUGGGGGCUACCCAUUAAAUAUGAUGAUCACAAGAAGAUUCUACACUUUGAUUCAACGAGUUCUUCCUUCAUGUUUCCUAAUGUGGAUUCAAGAGAGACAGAUGAAUAGAAGAUUAAAUCAUGAGAAUUAUGGAUUAAGUAUUACGAAAGGGAGGAAAACAAAAUUUGUGGUGAACGAUGAGCUGCCAACCUGUAUCCUCUGUGGGACAGUCACUAUGAAAAAUGGCGUGAGGGAGUUCACAGAAACCACGGCUGUCUUUGAAGACGGGACAGUGGAAGAAAAUAUUGAUGUUGUCAUCUUCACUACAGGAUAUACCUAUUCUUUUCCCUUUCUUGAAGAACCUCUCAAGAGCCUUUGUGUAAAGAAGAUGUUCCUAUACAAAUUGGUCUUUCCCUUGAACCUGGAGAGAGCGACCUUAGCCAUCAUUGGCUUUUUGAGCACCAAAGGGUCCAUCUUAGUAGGCACAGAGCUCCAAGCACGAUGGGCUACGAGAGUAUUCAAAGGACUCUGCGAAAUACCUCCAUCCCAGAAGCUGAUGGCAGAGGCGAUUAAAAAGGAGCAGCUCAUUAAAAGGGGUGUGAUUAAAGACACCAGUGAAGACAAACUCGAUUACAUUCCCUACAUGGACGACCUCGCUGCAAGCAUUGGCACAAAGCCCAGCAUACCAUUUCUGUUCCUCACAGACCCCAGACUUGCUUGGGAAGUUUUCUUUGGACCAUGCACCUCUUAUCAGUACCGCCUAGUGGGUCCUGGAAAAUGGGAAGGGGCCAGAAACGCCAUCCUGACUCAGUGGGACAGGACACUGAAACCUCUAAAAACGCGACUCCUUCCAGAACCCCCCAAAUCUGCCCCCACAUUGCAUACUUUAAAAGCUUGGGGUACACUGGUCCUAUUUGCCUCCCUUCUACUUAUAUAUAAAUCUUCAGUUUGUUUGAACUUGAUGCCAGGUAAACUAAGGACAGAAUUUUCUCUUAGUUAGAAUUUGGUAGGAGUGAAUUUGAUUGGUGAUGAGAUUUGCACAAGGUCAUAUUAAUUCUAUUUCUGGAAUCUUGUGCUUCCUUCCUCUUUGUCCUAAUUGCUGUUAUCCAAGUGCAGCCACCUCUUACCCGAAUCAGUAUAUCAGUAUACUGUCUUUCUUACCUCUCUUUCCUGUGCAUAUUGGACCCUGGUGUCUAUGCAACUGUUCUAAAAUAAAAAUAUGGUCAUUGUGUCCAUUAAGGUCAUGUUAGGAAUAAGAUGUCUCUAAAAUUAGGUAAUUUGUGAGAAAUAAUUAUUUGAUUAAUAAACGUUAUGUGAACAGAUUUGUCAGAGUGUAGGAAAACCAUAGGGAUAAUGAAAAGCCCUCAAACCAGGAACAAUGAGAUAUCUUUGCUAUUUAUGGACUUAAAGAGGCAAAAGAAAAAAGUAAUUACUAAAGAGAGAAUGAGAGAACUAUGUAGAUGGGGCCACGUAACAAGUGUGUGACCCUUGAUUGAACAAUAAAGCAGAGCAAUAUCCCAAAAGUAAAGAUCUGGGGAGUAACCUGUGUAACCUAAUUUUCCCUUCCCUCUGGUCCCCUGUCCUUUGUCAGUGCUCCCCUUGGAGGUCAAGUGCAAGGUCACUUGUGGAGGUUGAGCCUACAGGGCACAGAGUAGGGAAAAGAGGAAGUAGAGUUUGUACAAAGGGAGGGGCAGAUAAAAGGGAUCUGGAUCAGACAUUUCUCUUCCUGUUUAAAAUCCUAUAGGGUUUUGUUUCAUUUAGACAAAUAGUCUAGAUUCUUUUGCCUCAAGGGAAGCCUUCACUCAGACUGCCAGAACCUCCUAAGGGUUUAUUUUAGACUUAAAUAUUGGUAGUAGUACUUAAAAAGAGAAAUAUUGAAUAAUUCACAUGAAAUAUCUAUUACAAGUAUUUUCAAGCACAGAUUCUAUUUUUAAAAAGAAGACUAUUUUCCCUACCCGAGCCUUAUACAUUAAACAAGAUUUUGGCAAAAUUCA